CGGUUCUUCCUCGCCUCUCUCCCAGUGAGCCUCUGUCCCAGAGACAUGUCCUGCUGCAACCCAUGCGUGCCCUGCCAGCCCUGUGGCCCGACCCCACUGGCCAACAGCUGCAAUGAGCCCUGUGUCAGACAGUGCCAGAACUCCACUAUUGUCAUUGAGCCCUCCCCCGUGGUGGUGACCCUGCCCGGCCCCAUCCUCAGCUCCUUCCCUCAGAACACCGUUGUGAGCUCCUCCACCUCUGCUGCUGUUGGCAGCAUACUCAGCUGUGAGGGAGUUCCCAUCAACUCUAGGGGCUUUGACCUCUCCUGCAUUACCAGCCGCUACUGUGGCAGCAGAUGCCGACCCUGCUAAAGGUUUUGACAACAUCCUUGGGCAAGAAUCUUCCAAGACCUUGGAACAUGCUCCUUGAAAGGAGAUAGAGCUUCAUGGCAUUGCAUUCAGAGUUUCGAGCCAUCGUUUGCUUUUUCCUGUCCCAUCUCCUGUCCCAUCUGCAUUUCCUGUACUGAUUCUGUCUCCAAGGCCAACCUGGUUGGGACCUGUUGACUUCCCUCCUUCUCAAGGGCAGGCAUACUGACACCCUUCAGGAGUUUCACCACAUCCUUGUUUCUCUUCCUGCUGACAUUCUGUGAUUCUGCGUGAUUCUGUGUUCCCUUUUCUUCUUGAGAUUCAUUAAAGUCGUGCUGCAUCCAA